CAAAUACGAAAGAUUUUUUAAAAGGGUAGGGCAAAUUCAUAGUUAGAAGAAGCCUCCCGUGUCAGUGUUUGACGGUGGUUUGCUGUGGUUCGCUUCCUAAUAAAAAUGGCGGCAUCAGAGACUCACAAGGUUGGAAAUAGAGGCGAUCUUGCAGAGAUCCUAAAACCCUUCUACAGAAGAGCUACUGAAGCUGAGGAUCGUUUGUCAAGACUUGAAGUUGCUCUUGCAAGUAAGAAGGAUGCUGAAAAUGAGGAACUUUUGAAAACAAUAAGUGAACUUCAGUCUAAGCUAGAAGGUGCAAAUGCAGAGCUAGCUUCAGAACAAGAGAAGGCUAAGAACCUUGCUAUGGAAAAUGCAAAGCUCCAAUAUCGUAUUUUGCAUCUUGUCCGGGCAGUUCAUGACGGUGACAUCAAGUUGGAGAACUUGACAGGUGGUUUAGAAGCAAGAUCACAGACCAUCACAAAGUUGGAGGGCCUACGACUGUGAACUGGCAGGUAUACUGUCAAGAGUGCUACUAAUAGUUUAUAGAUUUUAUGUGGAUAAAUUACAAAACCCACUUACAUUAGGUUUAAUUCACAUUUGUAUCCUUGAUUUUCUACAAUUGAACUAAGUAGUCCUUGACUUCUGAAAAACAGGAAUAAACUUCAGGGGUCUUGUUGGAGCUGAUGUUGAGAAAAGCAUCUCAUUAAAUAUGUUAAAGACUGUUAAAAUUUGAUUUUCA